UGUGACGAUAGAGGGCGAUUAGACAAAAGAUGGCCGGACAUGUAGUGAAAUCAGUUCCUAGACAGGUGAAACCCAUUUUAUCUGUUGAUACUGCCGAAGCCAGAAGACGAGUACUUAAUUUGUAUAAAGCCUGGUAUCGACAGAUUCCUUAUAUCUGUUCUGAAUAUUAUAUUCCCGUUUCUGCACAACAGGGAAGAGAGAAGCUACGAGAACUUUUCAAUAAAAACAAAUAUGUCAGCGAUAUAAGAGCCAUAGAUAUGUUAGUUAUAAAAGGUCAAAUGGAAUUAGUAGAAGCUAUGAACGCUUGGAAACAGAAAACUCAUAUUAUGGCUUAUUUUCAAGAUACUGCCAAUAAAAAACCAACUGAUUUUUUAUCAAAAUUUUUUGCUGGCCAGGAAUGAUUCAAAGUGGCAAAAGAGUUAUGGAAGAAAAUUUUUAGAAAGUAGAAAAUCUUUUACAUCAUGUAAGAAAGAAAAAUGUAAAUUAGUGUAUAAUAAAAUCAAACUGGAUAUUUAGUUACCUUUCCUAAUAUAUUGUAUAAUAUAAUAAAUUCUUUACCAUGUUAAUUACCUUUAAUCCAUAUUUUAACAUUUAACUGUAAUUCAUAUUAAAGUUUCAUCUUAUAUAAUUAAA